CACAGAGUCUCUGAGGUCCGCAUCGCUCCUCUCGCGCUCCGCUGAUCGACUCGUGAUGAUGAUGAUGAUGAUGAUGAAGAGGAUGUCACUGCAUCAGCCGCUGCUCGUGUCGGAUGAACCGGAUCGAUGUGUUUGAUUGGAUAUGAAAUGAAUGAUGAAUGUGUUCAGAGAUCUGAGCUGAUUGAUUCAAACGCGCUUCUUCAUCAUGGAUCCGAUUCUUCUCACUCUCUUCAAACUUUCCCUGGUCUUCACAGUGAACAUGCUGAUGACGAGAAGUUUAUCAGAUGCAGACGGCGUUGAUCUGUCGUUCACCCAGCGGCCGUGGCUCCUUCAGUGCAAUCAGACCGUCCUGCUGCUGGAGAUGGAGAGAUGCGGUGAACGAUUCAGAAGCGACAUGAGUCACAUCCAUCCAGACGACAGAUGCAACCUCACGCAAUUCAUCAGAGAGUACCACGUCUUCUCCUCCUGCACGGAGACAAACGCCGAGCGCAUCGGCUGCUUCUGGCCGAACCCAGCGGUGGAGCACUUCAUCAUCAGCAUCCACAAGCACUUCUUCUCCAACUGCAGCCUGGAGCAGGUGUUCAUCGACCCGCCGGACGACACGCUCACCCUCCUCAUCCUCGUGCCCGUCUUCCUCACGCUGACCAUGGUGGUGCUGGUGGUGUGGUGCAGCAAGAGGAGCGAUCUCCUGGCCUAGCCAGCAUCAGGACCGCUCAGACGGACAGAAGCAUCUCUCCUGAUCUCACUGAAGCAUCUGCUGGACUCCUGCAGAAGUCUCUGCUCGUCUCGCUGCGCUCACUGAUGCUGAAUUACUGUUUUUUCAACUGCUUACACACAUUUCCAAAACUUUACACACAAAGCCAAUAAUUGCACACACAAAAUUUAAAAUG